AUGGAUCCGUUGAGGACACUCGAAUUCUGUGUGAAGGGAUCGACAGAAUCAUCGGAAACCAAUACUAGGUGGAUGGAUGAGCAGGUGAGCUGGUUUUCCCAUUCCCCGACAGGAUCCCGCCCCACAACUUGCCACGGUGUAAAUUCCUCUGACAUCACCGUGAAUACGUUUAUGGAAGUCGUGAAGGAGUCGGUCAAAUUAGCGAGGGGUCCCAUCUCAGGUGAUGCCAAGCAUGGAGGCCUUCUCAUCCCAGUUGUCUGCAAGAAUGGGAUAACUGUAUGUGCUGGAUACGGCUUUGCAGGACCAUUGCAUGGAAUACCGUACGGCCUGAAAGACAUUUUUGCAGUUCCGGGUUACGAAACCACCUGGGGUUCACAAUCCUACAAGGACCAAGUCAUAUACAAAGAGUCCAACGUGUACAAAAAAUUAAAGGAGGAGGGAGCAGUCCUGAUAGCCAAGCUAGCUCCGGGAUCAUUAGCUUAUGAUGAUAUUUGGUUUGGAGGCCAAACCAAGAAUCCCAGGAACAUCAAGGAAGGUUCUACAGGCUCCUCUGCUGGUCCUGCCAGCAGUACAUGUGCAGGAAAUGUCCCAUUUGCAAUUGGGACUGAGACAUCAGGAUCAAUUACAUUUCCAGCUGCACGCGUGGGUGUAACAGCCUUGCGUCCUACUUUUGGGAUGGUUGGAAGAUCCUGGAGUAUGAGUUUAUCGGAGAGUUUGGACAAAAUUGGCCCUUUUGCUCGCUCUGCAGCUGAUUGUGCUGUGAUAAUAGACACUAGAGGUAAGGAUCCCGAAGAUCGGUCAUCGAAGAAUAUUCACUUAGAAGAUCCAUUCUUGAUGGACGUGACCAAAUUGACAGUGGGCUACUUACCAGACGCAGAUAUGGAGGUGGUUAAAGUUCUAGAAAAGAAAGAGGUGAAAAUGGUACCCUUUGAACUGAAAUAUUCUUUAUCUACGGUACAAUUCACGCUGAAAAUUACGAUGGAAGUAGACGUUUUGGUACACUUCGACCAUUGGCAGCGGACGGGCUUGGAUGAAGUCUAUGAAGACCAGAAUGCGUGGCCUGUUGUAGUCCGACGUGCUCGGCUCAUCUCGGCGGUAGAUUACAUGCAGGCGCAAAGAGCACGUGGGAAGCUAGCGCAAGAAAUGAAGGACUUGAUGGAGAAGCAGAAAAGACAUGAAGGACUUGAUAGACUCAGUCACCUUAUAAUUUCAAGAAAUGAAGGACUUGAUAGACUCAGUCACCUUAUAAUUUACCUCUAA